AGCUUGAAGCCUUAUUAUACAGCACCAUAACUGCUCAGAGGAACACAGAACACGAGUCGCAGAAUAGCAAGAAACUAUGGCUGCUCUGACAUUGACAAAUAUCAACUGGCAGCUUGAAGCAAAUGCGGGUGCACACCAUACUGAUAAAUACUCCAGCACAGAGCUGAUUGUGAGGAGAGGACAGGCCUUCACUAUCAUCCUGACCUUCAACAGAGCACUGCAGACUGGAGAGAGCUUAACAUUCAUUGCAGAAACAGGGCCAAAACCGUCACUGCAAGCGAAGACCCAGGCUGUAUUUGACAUCUCCAGCACAGCGAGCAAUAGUACCUGGAGUGCAGUCCAACAACCCACCAACUCCAGCUCCAUCAGCAUCUCUAUUUCCAGCCCAGCUAAUGCUGCCAUCGGACGCUACAAACUGAGCGUGCAGCCUGCCUCAGGUGGUAGUGCCUCCCGUAGGGCCCUUGGAACAUUCGUUCUGCUCUUUAACCCUUGGUCUUCAGGAGAUGAUGUGUUUAUGCCUGACAGCACUGAGCGCAAGGAGUACGUGCUGGAAGAGUUUGGAAUUGUCUUUGUGGGCAACAUAAACCAUAUUAGCAAGAUGGGCUGGAAUUAUGGCCAGUUUCAAGGAGACAUUCUGAAUAUCUGCCUUUCCAUACUGGAUAGAAGCCUAAACUACCGUAAAGACCCUGCCACUGAUGCGUCUCGCAGAAAUGAUCCCAAAUACGUGGGCCGUGUGCUCAGUGCCAUGGUCAAUAGUAAUAAUGAUAAUGGGGUGAUAUGGGGAAACUGGAGUGGAAAUUACUCUGGUGGAACAAGUCCAAGCAGUUGGAAUGGAAGCGUUGAAAUCCUGCGAAAGUGGAAGGAUUCAGGAUUUAAACCUGUUAAAUUUGGACAAUGCUGGGUUUUUGCAUCAGUGCUGACCACAGCACUCAGGUGUCUGGGGAUUCCUACUCGUAUGAUUUCAAAUUUCAACUCUGCCCAUGACACAGAUAGAAACCUGAGUGUGGAUGAAUAUUAUGAUGAGUCUGGAAAUCCUCUGAAAAUAGGGGAGGACAGCAUCUGGAAUUUCCAUGUCUGGAAUGAAAGCUGGUUUAUCCGAAGUGACCUGGGGCCCUCCUACAAUGGAUGGCAAAUUCUGGAUGCAACUCCCCAGGAGCAAAGUGAAGGAAUAUUUCAGUGUGGUCCUGCUUCACUUAUAGCCAUCAAAGAAGGCGAUGUAGACCUGGACUAUGACUCUCCAUUCGUAUUUGCUGAGGUGAAUGCAGACCGUAUCACCUGGACUUACGACAUUAGGACUAGAGAGGCAAAGUCGAUCUCUUCUGAGACCACGUCAGUUGGCCAGUUCACCAGCACCAAGGCAGUAGGCAGUUAUGCCCGUGUAGAUGUCACUAAUAAUUACAAAUAUGCAGAAGGCUCUCAGAAGGAAAGAGAAGUGUAUGAAAAGGCUCGUUCAAAGCUGCGUCGAGCAUUUGGUUUCAGUCCCACAUCAGAGAAGCGACCAGAAAUUGAUCAAAAGCCUGACAUUUCAGGGAAGUUCAAGGUGGAUGGCUCCUUAGAGAUUGGCAAAGAUGUCAGCCUAAUCUUGGUUCUCAGAAAUUUGACCUCUGAUGCUAAGACUGUAAAGGCAAAUAUGACUGCUUGGACCAUCGUGUACACUGGGAAGCCAAUUCAUGAGGUCUGGAAAGACUCCCUUUCACAUACUUUUGCUCCUGAAGAAGAGAAACAGUUUCCCAUUAAGAUAACGUAUGCUGAGUACCAGCAAAAUUUAACAAGAGAUAACAUGAUUCAAGUAACAGCUUUGUGUCAAGUUGAAAGUGGGAUUGAUGUGGUGGUGGGAAGAAACAUCAGUCUGGAUAACCCUGACCUUGUCAUGCAGGUGCUCAGUGAUGCAAAGGUGAAUGAACCAGUGAAUGUGGAAGUGGUAUUUACCAAUCCUCUCGAUCAAGAGGUGAAAGACUGCGUGCUGCAGGCAGAAGGCAGUGACCUGCUGAAAGGAAAGCUCAAGAUAGAAAUGCCCUCACUACAGCCCAGGCAGAGUUCCAAAGUACCGAUUGAAAUCAUUCCCACCAAGAGUGGAACCAAGCAACUGCUCGUUAAUUUCUCCUGUGACAAGUUUCCAGAUGUCAAAGCCUUUGAGACCAUAAAUGUGGCUAAGUGAUUAUAAGAUGAGCAGUUGUCAGUCUGUCUGUAUAACCUUGAGUGAAAUAGUGCAAGAAAGCUCCUGUCUUCUGUGAACAAUUAGUAAAUCAAUCUAUUUCUGCUACAGAAACAAAAUCCACACCCUGUCUGACAGGAAUUAUCAUGUUAUAUAGUUUUACCAAAUUCAUGGCUGUGAAAAACGUGUUAUGGAUCGUGAAAUCUGGUCUUGUGUAUUUUUACCCUAUACUAUACAGAUUUCACAGGGGAGACCAGUGUUUCUCAAACUGGGAGUCCCAACCCAAAAGAGGGUUGUGGGGGUAGUCGCAAGAUUACUGGUGGGGGGGUUGUGAUAUUGCCACCUUUACUUCUACGCUCCCUUCAGAGCUGGGUGGCUGGAGAGCAGUGGCUGUUGGCCAGCUCUGAAGGCAGUGUAUCACCAGCAGCAGCGUAGAAGUAAGGGUUGCAAUACCAUACCAUGCCACCCUUACUUCUGUGCUGCUGCCUUCAGAGUUGGGUCAGGAACCCUACAGUUACAAUACCAUGAAAUUUCAGAUUUAAAUAUCCUAAAUCAUGAAAUUUAAGAUUUUUAAAAUCCUAUGACCGUGAAAUUGGUAGGGCCCUAGUUAUAUGUUUCAAUAUGCAAUGAGAGGCAGGGAUUCUUCAUGUACUGAUGUAAAUUUCCAAAUUUUAAAUAUACUAUCUGCACUUCUCUCCCAAUUGUGUGUCUGGUUUUCUUAUGCCUUUUUUUAAUUUGGACACUAUUCCCUGUGGCCCCAGGUACUGCAACACUAAAACUUCAUAUUAUUUUAACAUUGAACAGGACUUAUACUGUGCAGAAAAGACAGGAUAUUACAACAAUUUAAGCCACCCUUAUGAAAAGGUUCUAUAGAAUUUAAUAAGGAUGGAAACCAAUAGGGUUCUAUAGAAAUUACUCAAAAUAUAUAUAGAAUAGUAAGAUCCUUUUUAUGGCUUUUAAACCAGCCGACAGAAUUCUAUCACAAGCGUAUAAUUUUCUAUUAAAUUCUGU